GAUGCUCGGGCCGACUAUGCUUCUACGGACGACGACUCGGAGAAGAAGGAGUUUCGAGCCUCGACACGCUGGGCCUGGAUUUCGCUGCUAGUGGAGAUCAAGACAGCUCUGGACAAGUGUGCCUUUACGUUUGACAACAAAGGCGGCUACAACUUGAAGAAGAGCGACAAGGCCAAGGGGGAGACAAACCCGCGACCGUUCAUUCGAUCGGGUACCGGGGCAAAUGAUUCACUUGGGCAGAUGGCGGAGUACGUCUCGAAGCUGUUCAGGCGACAACAUCGUCUGCACCUCUUCACGCUCUUCAUCUUCAAGGGACAGGCUCGUGUCAUUCGCUGGGACCGAGCCGGCGCGAUCAUCUCGACACCCAUCGAUUUCGAGAAGGAUCCAUCGCUGCUCCACCAAGUCCUUUGGCGAUAUGCCUGCAUGAAUGAAGUAGAGCGCGGCUUCGAUCCGACGGUGGUCAGGGCGACGGUCGAGGAAAUAGAAGCCAUGAGGACUUGCCCGGCGCCGAACGGAUGGGCUGACAAGUGCCGUCAAGAUGCUCUGGGCCAACCAGGAUGGCCGGUCUACAAGAUCAUGAUGCGACCCGACGAUCUCAUCAACCAACAGGGCAUCCAACCACUCACAAAGUUCAUGAAACCGGAUCCGGUCGACUCAAUUGCGCCCGGCGGCGAGGUAUCAUAUAUUAUUGGUAAACGAUACUUCGCCACUAACUCACCAAGCGGGCGGGGAACAAGGGGCUACAUUGCCUACGACGUAUCUCGCAAUCGUUUGGUUUUCCUCAAAGACUAUUGGCGAUCUCGGCUUGACAGCUCGAUUCCCGAAGGCGAGGCGCUGAAGCGCUUGCGGGCCAGCGGCGUGCGCAAUGUGCCAACUCCUCUGGCUGCUGGUGUCGUUCGGGACGAUGCGGGUGUCACGCAGAAGACGUGCACGCAGGAAUGGCUGAGGGAUGAGAGGACCAAGUGUUACUCGCCGAUCCAAGAACACUAUCGUCUCGUCGUGAAGGAAAUUGGCGAGCCACUCACCGAGGAGGUAAAAUCUGUCUGGGAGCUUGUCAAAGUGAUAUGUGAUGCGCUGUAUGUGCACAGACAAGCUUGGGAGGUGGAGAAAAUUCUCCAUCGAGACAUAAGCUCAAUGAACAUUCUCGUAUACCGGUACAUCGACCACAAGGGUCAACCGCGAGUUGUAGGGCUCUUAAUCGAUUGGGAUCUAUGCAAACUCACGGAGUAUCUUGGGAUCGCGUCGCGUCCUGCUCGCUCAGGAACGUGGCAAUCCAUGUCUGCCAGGCUUCUACAGAGACCCGGAAAGAAACACGAGGUCGCAGACGACAUUGAAUCCUUCAUUCACGUCUUUAACUGGACAUGCCUCCGCUUUGUCGAACAUAAUCUCACUGGGAAACCCCGCCUUCUCCAAAUGCACGUUGUGCAUAUGUACGAAGAGCAAGACAUCAUGGUGGACGGCGAAAAGAACGAAGAGGAGGUCGGGGGCGAAGCGAAAGGGAUUCAAAUGCUCAGUGGCAGGCCGGCGGUCAAACUCACAAAGCCGAGAACUCCACUAGGGAAACUCCUGAAGGAGCUUGCUUCGAUUUGUCGUCAGCACUACUUAGCCGUCGAGCCCGAGUCCGAACUGGUGUCGCAGGCUGUCCCUUUGGAUAGUGGGCCAGAUGAAGACGAAUCGCUGGAUGAGAUGGAGCUCUUCGAGGACCCCCUGGAGAGCGACUCCGAGGAAGAGCGCCCGGAGACGCCUUCAGACACGGCUUCCGAGACGCUUUCCAAACACAAGAAGGUCUACAACGCUUUCCGCCGUGCACUCGACAAGCCGAAGGUCGAGUGGAAUUCGGUCGCUGCCACCCCGGAUCAAUUCAACGACCCCGUGUUCAAGAACUCCAUCGUGUUCCAGCGCCGUACUGAGCGUUCAAGCCAGCGGUCGUCGGGGUCAAAGCGACGGCUGGAUGGAGAAUCAGCAGAUAUGACGAAGCUUGGCCCAUCGAAGCGCAUGCGGAGCGCGACUGUGACGGGCCUUGAGUCACUGGAGGAAGAAGGAUUUGUGGCCCCACACGACGAAGCACAGGAGCAAACCAGUAGCAUCGGGCCAGUAAUCCUCGAUGAGCGUGAGACACAUUGUUCACUUCAACGCAAACACGAGGAUACCUACAAAUUAGGCAAGAUAUCCAUCUCCAUGAGCAAGGACAAUGCUAACCCUAGGAAAUCACGAAGCGAACAUUCUCCGUUAAACAUCACGCAGACGGCGCUCCUCUCUCGUAAGUGUCCUACGGAGUGCUCGACUGCCUAUGUGCUAACUGUGAGUGCAGUGAAGACGCCAGUCGCUCGCAGACUACAGCGUCCCCUCCGUGCUACGACGCCGCCUAACACCCAACCACCUGACCGAACGAAGAUAGAGAGUACGCCCGUACACGCGUCGAGCUCCAACAAGACCCACACAGCCAAGGCCGUAUACGGGAAGAAUAGUUUGGCGAUUCAUCGCCCGCAGUACGCCAAAGGGAUGCACCCUAAAAUUAGCGAGAUGGACUUUGAUGGCUUUCUUGAGCGGUUCAUGCCGGGUCCGGAUAUGCCAGCUGAGCUGGCGACCAAGAUCCCUGUCAUGGACAAUACGGUCUUACUGGGGACGAAAGAGACCAUUAUCUGUGAUGAACUAUGCAAGGUUGCACAACCAAUCCUCGAUCACUGCCCUAGUGGAGACAAGCUGGUGGCAAAGAACACGAGCCACAAUCCUGACAACAGCGAUACAGGAGACUAUGGCGAGAAGUUGAAGGUCGACGUUGCAUUCUACCCCGUCGACGACGACGCUCAGCGUGACUACACCCGCCCUAAGUUGACAACCCCGCGUGCGGCCACUCGCUGGGCAUGGAUCUCAUUGCUCGUAGAGAUCAAGACAGCGCACAACAACUGCGCAUUGUGGUUCGAGGACAAGAAACCUUUCAUUCGUACUGGCGACUCGGGGGGCAACGCACUCGGGCAAGUCGGGGAGUACGUCGCGAAGCUGUUCAGGCGGCAACACCGGCUGCACGUCUUCACGCUCUACGUCUUCAAGGGCCAGGCCCGUGUCAUUCGCUCUGACCGCGCCGGUUUCAUCGUGUCGACGGCUAUCGACUUCGAGAAGGAUCCAUCGUUGCUGCACAAGAUUAUAUGGCGAUAUGCCUGCCUGACGCAAGCCCAGCGCGGGUACGACCCGUCGGUGGUGCGAGCGACGCAGGAGGAGAUCAACGCCAUGAGAUCGUGUCCAACUAGCAACGACGCGGUCAAGACCUACCGCAGUGCCGCACUGGAUAAGCCUGGCUGGCUGGUGUACAAGAUCAAGAUGCGGCGCAAGGACUUGAUCGACCAGCAGGAGAUGCAACCGAUCGCUGAUGAUUUCUACGAACCCGACGAACCGAACGCGCCGAACGAUGCUGCGGCGACUUCGAAUGAGUUAUGCUUCAUCGUCGGCAGGCACCUCUCUGCCACGGAUUCCCCGACUGGGCGAGGUAUGAGAGGCUACGUCGCCUAUGACGUGUCGCAUCGACGGCUGGUUUUCCUGAAGGACUAUUGGCGACCGCGCAUCGAGAGCUCGCCGUACGAAGGGAAGGUGUUGCAUUCGCUGAGAAAAGGCGGGGUGCGAUACGUCCCAACGCCUCUGGCUGCUGGGCUCGUGCAGGAUGAGUUGGGCACCGGCGUCCAGGAGACAUGUACGCAGGCGUUCUUGCCGAAGGAUGAGAGGACGGGGUGUUCUUCGCCCAUACAAGAGCACUACCGUCUCGUCAUCAAGGAGAUCGGUGAACCGCUUGACAAUCACGAGACUCCCGAGCAGCUCGUCAAAGUGAUGUGGUAUGCGCUGUGGGCGCACCGACAGGCGUGGCUAGUUGAGAAGCUUCUUCAUCGCGAUAUUAGCGCAGGAAACAUCCUCAUUUUCCGCUACAUCGAUAAGAAUGGGAAGGUACAGGUCAUAGGCCUCCUCAUUGAUUGGGAUUUGUGCAAGUACCAGAAGUACCUCGAAACAGUAUUACGGCCAGCUCGUUCGGGUACGUGGCAGUUCAUGUCUGCCAGACAGCUGAGAAACCCCGGGAAGAGACAUGAGGUCGCGGAUGAUCUGGAAGCCUUUAUCCAUGUCCUGACCUGGAUGUGCUACCGCUUCAUCCAGCACAGCCUGACCGACGAACCCGAUGCGUUCAAGAUGGAAAUACUCCAUUGGUAUGAGGCGUACGGGGCAAAGGAGGGUGACGCAAACGGACAAGCCAUUGGUGGCCAGCGAAAGGAAGUGGGUAUGCUCAGCGGGAUGCCAGCCGUUCGAGUCGACCCAUACACCCCACUAGGCGAGCUUCUCAAGACCCUCGCCCUUCUUUGUCAACAACACUACCACGUGUUCGAGCCCAAGAUCGCAUCUACGUCCGCGCCGACAGGACAUCUGCUGGUUCACGAUAAAUCGGCGGAGCUCAAGGACCCGUUCAACGAUGAUGAGCCAAGCAACCGGGUGCCGGCAGCGCCUGUAGUCGAGGCCUUCGAAACGCUUUCGCAGCACGCGCCGGUGUUCAAGGCUUUCAAGAACGCUCUCCUAAAGCCAGCGGACCAGUGGGCGAAGGUCGUCCACACGGCAGAUCAGUUCGAGAAGGAGGUGUUCAAGAAUUCCGCCGUUAAUCAGCGCAGCGCAGCGCGGUCCAGCAAGCGGUCAUCGGGCUCGAAGCGGUCUCUCGAGGGAGAAUCGGUGGACUCGGAGCGGCCUGGGCCCGCCAAACGAGCGAGGAGUACGACCACGGAACUUCAGUCGUUGCAGGAAGAACGGGAGGGAGAGGAGUUGUGA